AUUUGAACCAUUUGAACCGUAGCGGGUAACUUAAAUGUUUCAUUUAGCUACGAAAUUUCCUUCACUAGUGUCUACCAGUAUCAAUCACAGAUUAUCAGCUGUAUUCUCCUCAAAAGUUGACUCAUUGUAUAGUGUUUUCGGACUCUCAAGCAAUGCGACUCACCAAGAUAUCAAAGAAGCCUUCUAUCGACUGUCAAAAAUAUACCAUCCUGAUGUGACCGAUGAUCCUAACUCUAGAGAAAAGUUUCAUGAGUUGACAAAAGCUUAUGAAAUCCUUGGAAAUCCUGUUAGACGGAGUGAAUAUGACCGUGGCCUAAUUCAUACAAUAGGCAGUGGCGUGCAUCACUUCUCUAAGGACGGUUACACAAUUGACUCUGUAAAAGACAGAAGCACAGACAGUUUUAAAUCAUUCUAUGUAAAACAACACAACCGAACGUUAAAUGAGUUCUGGGCGAAACAUUCUGAUCGUGAAUCUAUGAUGUCCGCCACUGAAUUGAGGAAUGAUCAUAAAGGAGUUUUGGGAAUGCUUUUUAUGACGGUGUUGUAUACCAUCUUAGUGGGUUAUUUCUAUGCAAAAUAUUACGAGGAACCCAUUGAAUUCAUCCGGCCUUCGCAAGAUUAAUUGUGACAAUUUGCACUUUGAGUAAACAGAACUCAUAGCUAAUACUGUAUUUUAAAUUGCUUAUUUAUCAGGUUCAUAGUUGUUCUGCUUUAGUGUGAAUUUAGACGCUUUAGACAUGUUUUUUUUGGUUAUUACGCCUUUUUACUUUCAGUAAAAAUUAACGGACUUAUUGUUGGUGAGUCACUUGAUCUUAUACAGACUUCAGGUCGCUUGUAGGGUUAAACUAAACUUCAUGGGCAAACCAAUUAGAUUUAAUGUAGUAUCUUCAGGAUUUUUUGCUUGGAAUCCAUCCAUUCGUAUGACUACAAAGUAUUUUCGCGUUAUAGCUGAUGUCAGUUCGUAAUGAAAACCAUGGUUCUAGUAUCUUACCUUAAAUUCUAGUCUCACUUUCUAACACUGAUUACGAACUCUGUUUUGAACAUUAUGACUAGUUAAUUUGUCGUAAGAUUAUGAUCUGUAUAUUGAAGAUAGAAUGUCGGUG